UUAGCAGAGCCUCCCCUGCCAGCUGAGACCAUAUAAAGCCUCUGGAGGCACACUCCCAGGUGCUCACUGCAACCAUGAAGACUGUCCUCUUUCUCCUGUUGGCCACCUACUUAGCCCUGCAUCCAGGUGCUGCUCUGCAAUGCUAUUCAUGCACUGCUCAGGUGAGCAACAAAGACUGCCUGAAUGUACAGAACUGCAGCCAGGACCAGAACAGCUGUUUUACAUCGCGUGUCCGGGCCAUUGGACUCGUGACACUUAUCAGUAAGGGCUGCAGCUCAAAGUGUGAGGAUGACGCGGAGAACUACUAUGUGGGCAAGAAGAACAUCACCUGCUGCUACUCUGACCUGUGCAAUGUCAGCGGGGCCCACACCCUGAAGCCACCCACCACCCUGGGGCUACUGACUGUGCUCUGCAGCCUGCUGCUGUGGGGCUCCAGCCAUCUGUAGGCUCUAGGAGAGCCCUACUAUGUAGCCCUACUGUGUGGGGAUGAGCUGCACUCCUCCCCCACCCCACAGCACACAACCACCACCACUCCUAACUCCCACACAGGGCUGGCCUUCCCCCACCCCCACCCCUCCACCAGGGGCCUCUCCUCUCUGCUGUUAUUUCUACAGCUAGCACUUUGCCCACCCCACCCCCACCCCAUCAAUACUGUGCCCUACCAGUUCCGACCAGAUGCUUCUGCCGCAGACUCCCUUGUCACUCUGCUCUUCAGGACCUGAGCCAGUCUGCACAGCAGCACUUGGAGAGGGCCUGAUAAAGGCUGAGAUGAGAUGGACUGAGCAGAAAUGAAGCUGGGAGGUGGGUGAGAGGUACCAGGAGUCCUAGGAGAUGAUGCCCGAUGGGGGACAUGCUCUACAUUUAUAGAGCUCUAGGAUGCAACUGUCCUGUAAUAAAUACCUGUUGGGUAAGUGGA